AUGGUCCACCUCGCUAUCGGCGCUGUCGCUCUCGCUUCUUCCGCUCUCCUCGCCGUCGCCGGCCCGGUCAAGCGUUCUUCGUCGACGGCCGUCACAGCGGCGCCUUCAGCCUCGGUCGGCGUGAGCGCGAGCGACGUGUACCCGCCGAGCGGCACGGCGCCGGACUCGGCGCUCUUCCCGGACGAGUCGGCGGUCGGCUACCCUGGACCUACCCCGACCGGCAUCGAGCCGUUCGCGAUCCAGACGGCCGCCUCGUUCCCGACGCACCAGGGCAUCUACCCGCUCGUCGUCCCAGCCUCGCUCGCCGACAAGUCGUCCGUCGACAUCUCCAAGUACUGGGGCAACCUCUCGCCGCAGUAUUCGGUCCCGUCGUCGACUUAUGGCCUCGAUGCAGCGUCGCCGCUCCUCCCCGACCAGUGCGACAUCGUCCAGGCGCACAUCUACUUCCGUCAUGGAGCGCGCUAUCCGACCACGGGCGCGCCGCCUAGCACCUUUGCGAGCAAGGUCGUCAACGCGAGCCUCGCCGACGGCGGCUUCAAGGCCGAGGGACCGCUCGCGUUCCUCAACGAGUGGAAAUACCCGCUCGGAGCCGAGCUCCUCACGCCGUUCGGCCGGCUGCAAGACUUUACGCUCGGCGUCGCCGCCCGUCAAAGUUACGGCGCCCUCCUCAACAACUUUACCGCCUCGGGCACUCUUCCUGUCUUCCGCACCCAGAGCGAGGACCGCAUGGUCAAGACGAUGGUCAACUUUGCCUCGGGUUUCUUCAGUGUGCCCGGGUACCUCGACCAGGUCAACAUCGAGCUCGAGAUCGAGGCGCCCGGGUUCAACGCGAGCGGCGCUCCUUACUACGCCUGCCCGAACGGCAAUGCGGCGCAGGGCAGCCUCGGUUCGGCGGCAGCAGCAAACUUCUCCAAGCCCUACUACGAGGCGACCGCCGCCCGCCUCAACAAGUACCUGAGCGGCAACUUGCAGCUCGUCGCGACCGACAUCAACGCGAUGCUGCAGCUUUGCUCGUACGAGACUGUGGCGCUCGGGUCGUCCAAGUUCUGCCCAAUCUUCGAGAAGAAGGACUUCUUGGUCUACGAGCAGGCCUACGAUAUCGCGUUUGCCGGCAACAACGGCUUUGCGUCCCCGGUCGCCGCCGCCCAGGGCAAGGGCUACCUCGAGGAGCUCAUUGCGCGCCUCAACCACACGCUCAUCAACAAGUGGGACUCGGCGACCAACUCGACGCUCGACGGCAACGAGACGACGUUCCCGCUCAACCAGAGCAUCUACGCCGACGCUGCGCACGAAGUCUCGAUCCUCGACGCCCUCACGGCGCUCAACCUCACGGCGCUCACCCGUGGCGGCCCUCCCCCGACCUUGCACCUGUCGACCUCGCACACGUUCGUCGCCUCGCGCAUCGUCCCCUUUGCGACGCACCUCCAGAUCCAGGUCCUCGAGUGCGCGCCCUCGAAGCCGACGAAGCAGAUCCGGUUCAUCGUCAACGACGCCGUCGUGCCGCUCGAGGGAUCGUUCGAGGGGUGCGGCGCCGACCCGAACGGCCUGUGCGCGUUCGAGACGGUCCUCGCCGGGCUCAUCAAGCGCAACGACGAGAUCGACUUUCACUACGCGUGCCACGGGAACUACUCGGUACCCGACUACGGCUCAAUCACGGACGGCCUGCCGCCGAAGCGCGCCUGA